AUGCUGGUGGGAGAGGCUGAACAUUGGUGGAGAGGCACCUAUCAGAUGCUUGCUGCUAGAGGAGUUACAGUUGACUGGGAGUGCUUCCGGACAGUGUUCAUGGAGAAGUACUUUCUGGAAAGUGUGAGGCAUGCCAAGAAGGCAGAGUUUAUGCGACUGCAUCAGGGAGGAAUGACAGUUUCUGAGUAUGCGAUGAAAUUCGAGCACCUGGCUCGUUUUUAUUCGCAAGUGGAGAAGGCGAAAGUGGUGGAGCGGUUGGAGGGUGGUAACCGUGCUGUGAGGACUGCUGGGGGGCCAUCUAGGUCCAAGAAGGGUGAGAGUCAGAGGAAGCCGUAUGAUAGGCCCCAACCACAGCAAGGGCGUUCUGUUAUUAGGCAAUCUUCCAGUGCUGCUAGUGGAGGUAGACAGAGUGGAGGUGUCACUCUAAGAUGCUACAAGUGUGCUGUUGUCAGGGACUGUCCACACACGGAGAGCCGUUGUUUCAGAUGUCAUCAGAUGGGUCACGAGUCGGCCAACUGUCCUGCUAGGAACAGACCAGAGAGGAGCACUCAGAGGAGUGAUGUGCAAAGGGUUGAUACUCAAAGGAGUAGUGCACAGAGAGCUGAUACAUAG